CGCAGCAGGAGACGGCAGCGGCGCAUCAGGAGGCGGCAGCUCAGCAGAAGAAGCAGCAGGCGCAGCAGGCGGCGCUGCAGGAGGCGGCAGCUCAGCAGAAGAAGCAGCGGGCGCAGCAGGCGGCGCGGCAGGCGGCGCAGCAGGUGGCGGCAGCUCAGCCCAAGAAGAGGCAGGCGGCGCGGCAGGCGGCGCAGCAGGAGGCGGCCCCAAGGGAGGACCCAGAGGCGGAGACCGUGGGCUACGAGGCGGACGCCGAGACGGUGCCAGCACCAGACAUAAGCGGCACCUGGCCUACUGGAAGUAAAAUGGUGGAGGCAGCUCUCGGCACGCGUGGGGAGCUCGGGAACCAGCCUUUGCAGACGCCACCGAAGACCAAGAAGGCAACGCUGGACGAGGUGGACGCACUCAAGGCGAACUUCAUCGGCAAGCUGAGCGCGCCAGAUGUCACCUUCGGCGAGCGCGACGAGUUCGACCUGUCCCAGAAGGUGUACGAGAUCUUCACUGGCCCUGUGUUCGAGCGCCUUCUCGAGCUCAAGGGCACGCCGCGCGAGAAGCACGUUGAGACGCUCAAGCCCCACGAGAGAAAGGAGUUCGAGUUCUGGUCGACGCUUGCUUCCCAGGGAUUCUGGAUCAGUACUGACGGGAAGAAGGAGGCCGCCCAGGCGGGGAGGUGGCAGCGUGCGAUUGCUGCGGACUCCAAGCUGAAAGCCGACUACGCGCAGGUUUCGGGGGACGUGGCGAAGGCCGAGUUUCGGAGAAAGUGGGCGAUUGAGCAGCACGACAAGAAGGUGAAGAAGUUCACCAAGACGACGGAGGAUCGGAGGACCCACUGGAAGGACAGCCAGUACUUGAGCAUCGGGCGGAUCGCCCAUCUCGAGGGCAACGGCAGGGCUGGCUGGCUGGCG